CGCCAUUGACGACAAUUUCAUUUCCUGAGUGGCGGUUGCCGUUGCCGUUGCCCGAACAGUCCGACGGAGCUCCGAUGAUUUCGUCACCUGAAAUUCAGUAAACAAUAUAAGCAAUUCAGUAUUGUUCGGGUCUGGAUCUGCCACACAUCAGCCGUCCAGUCAUCGGGAAAAUUGACGAAUCAAGCUGAUUUGAUUGAUCUUCGAUGGCGGACUCGUAGAAAGCUUCGUGACAAUGGCGGAGCAGAGGACCGAGGAUGGUAGCUCAACGAAGGAAGGAGGAGAGGUGGAGAAGGAGAAGGAGAAACAAAAGGAAAAUGUGGAUCCGGAGCUUUUCUGCUGCUUGCUCCAACCUGUGAGUAUUGGCGUUGAUCCGGACUAUGUUGGAAUUCGUCGUCUCCUACUCUAUCGGAAGGCUGAAGCCGGGGUUCUUCGUCGUAAAGACUGGAGGUGCAAUGAAAAAGGUUAUGUAGCCUUCCGAAAUUUCAUUCGUCGGCCAAGGAAUUGGGAAAGCUCGCAUGUACCAAGUCUUCAAAGCACUCCUGGAAACAGUGGAAGAUGGGCUCCUCCUCCAAGUGCGCUUGCUCUCUUGCAUGAGGUGGAGAGCUGGAGUUCUACCAAGGACUUACAGAGCCACCGAAGAUCAAGUUUUAGCUCAAGUGCAAGUGAUAAUGGUCAGCUACAUACUCGUAGAGUUGAGCUUGCAUAUUCUUUUGUAGGAAUGCAUUGUAUAUUUGAUCAAUGCAAUGCCUCUGUAAUGGUUUUGAAGUUUGGGCACAUGAGCUCUGAUCUAUUAGCAUAUGGGGCAUCAGAUGGAUCCUUGACCGUAUGCAAUGUCUCUGAACCAUCUUCAACCGUCAAGCAUUUGCUGGGCCAUUCAAAAGAUGUCACAGACUUUGAUUUUUCAUCAAAUAAUCAGUACAUUGCAUCAUCAUCCAUGGAUAAAACCGUUAGAGUAUGGGAGAUAUCAAAAGGAGUUUGCAUUAGAGUAAUCUAUGGAGUAUCUUCACAAUUGUGUAUACGUUUCCAUCCGGUAAAUAACAACUUCCUCUCAGUUGGCAAUGCAAAUAAGGAAAUCACGGUGUUUAAUUUCAGCACUGGGAGGGUUGUUACAAAAACAGUUCUUGAUGGCGAGGUAACCUCCAUGGACCAUGAUCACACUGGCCAGCUCCUUUUCUGUGGGGACGCUCAUGGAUAUGUUUACUCUGUGAGCAUGAACUCUCAUACAGGAGCAUUAUCACGUUCUCACCGCCAGUGGUGUAGUAGUCGGCGUAAAUCUCCUGUAUCUACUGUACAAUAUCGAAGCUUCUCUCUGCUGGCCAGGGGCCCUGUAUUGCUAACUUGCACUCAAGAUGGGAACUUGUCUUUCUUCAGUGUUGCUUUGGAAGUUCAAGGAUAUUUGACCCUCCGCUGCUCACUCAAAUUAGCUCCAAGGAUACAUAGCAUCCGUGCUUCUUUCUGUCCUCUACUCUCCCUUGAAAAAGGAGAGUACAUAGUUGCAGGAAGUGAGGAUUCAAAUGUCUAUUUCUAUGAUCUGACACGACCUAAACACACCUGUGUCAACAAGCUACAGGGCCAUCGGUUUCCAGUCAUAGCAGUUGCGUGGAACCAUGGGGAGAAUUUGUUGGCUUCCUCGGAUUUUCAUGGGACGGUAAUUGUAUGGAAGAGAUCAAAGAUGAGUUAGAAUAUAUGUGUGAAUAGAUUUUCUAAAUGGUUCUGUUGAUUAGUGAAUAACAUCAUUCUCCCUUUACUCCCAUUUUUUUGCCAGUCUUUUAUCAACUACAGAUCAUCAUCAGCAUAUCAUAGAAAGUGUUCUAUUUCUUUUUAGCCCAUUAGUUUUAGAAAGGGAAGUGACGAUAUUCUGAUUCCACCUCUCUGUAAUUACAGUGUAAUGUAACUAAUAUCAUCAUGUUGAAGUUUUGAAGUGAGUAAAUAAAAUGCUAUUGAUAUA